CUUGUUUGUGAUUCUGCCUGGAAAGUCCACAUUGCUAAAUUCUCCCUACUGGUAGGAUUAAUCUUCGGCCACUUAAUAACAGGAUGUAUAGCUGACUGGGUUGGUCGACGGCCUGUACUGCUCUUCUCUGUCAUAUUCAUUUUGAUAUUUGGACUGACUGUGGCACUCUCAGUGAACGUGACCAUGUUCAGCACACUCAGGUUUUUUGAGGGGUUUUGCCUGGCUGGAAUAGUCCUCUCCCUGUACGCACUGCGGAUAGAGCUCUGUCCUCCUGGGCACCGGUUCAUGAUCACCAUGGUGGCGAGCUUCAUCGAAAUGGCAGGGCAGUUCCUCAUGCCGGGGCUGGCUGCCCUCUGCAGGGACUGGCAGGUCCUCCAGGCAGUCAUCAUCUGUCCUUUCCUGCUNNUGCUGCUUUACUGGGUUAUUUUCCCAGAGUCUCUUCGGUGGCUGAUGGCUACACAACAGUUUGAGGCAUCCAAGGAACUGAUCCUUCAGUUCACGCACAAGAACAGGAUGAACACGGAAAGCGAUAUCAAAGGAGUGGUGCCCGAGCUGGAAAAGGAGAUCACCAGGAGACCGAAGAAAGUCUGCAUUGUGAAAGUGGUGGGAACACGGAACCUGUGGAAAAACAUCGUAGUAUUGUGUGUGAACUCGCUGACUGGUUAUGGCAUACACCACUGUUUUGCAAAAAGCAUGAUGGGGCACGAAGCGAAGAUGGCGAUAACCCACAACUUCUAUGCGGACUACUACACCAUGGCUGGGAUUGCGCUGGCAUCCUGCCUGGCCAUGUGCCCGGUGGUCGGGUUUCUGGGGAGGAGAGGAGGACUCCUGCUUUUCAUGAUCCUUACAGCCCUGGCAUCGCUUCUGCAGCUGGGUCUUCUCAACUUGAUUGGAAAAUACAGUCAACUUCCAGACUCAGGUAUGAGCGACAGCGUCAAAGACAAAUUCUCUACUGCGUUUUCCAUUGUGGGUAUGUUUUCUUCGCAUGCCGUUGGAAGCCUCAGCGUAUUCUUCUGUGCUGAAAUCACACCCACGGUAAUCAGGGGAGGCGGGCUGGGGCUGGUCCUGGCCAGCGCGGGCUUCGGCCGCCUGACCGCCCCCAUCAUGGAGCUCCACAACCAGAAAGGCUACUUCCUCCACCACGUCAUCUUCGCCUGCUGUACGCUCAUCUGUAUCAUCUGCAUCCUGCUGCUGCCGGAGAGCAAGAACCAGAACCUGCCCGAGAACAUCCCGGACGGGGAACAUUACACCCGGCAGCCCCUCCUGCCGCACAAGAAGGGGGAGCAGCCCCUGCUCCUGACGAACUCUGAACUCAAGGAUUACUCUGGCCUCCAUGACUCGGCAGCUGUGAGCGACGGGAUCUCGGAGAACACCACUGCCAAUGGGAUGAAGUCGAUGUAACCGGGUGGAUUUUUUUUUUCCUUCUUUUUUUUUGGUUGGGUUUGUUUUUUUCCUUCUCCUCUUUCUUUUGUAUUUUAUUUGAUGCUGUUGUGCAGGAAGAGCAGCACUUUGGGCAAAGGUGUUUUGCACAGAUUUUACAAACCAGUGAUGGAGCAGACACAGACUUGGGGGAAUUCAACUCUGCUGCUAAAGCAACUUUUUGGCAUCUUCAACUGUUGUGCAGGUUGCUCUUGAAAAAGUUAUGGGGGAAAAGACUCAUCUGAGAAAAGACCUGGCUGGAGGUAGCCCUUCAGAACUCUUUUUUUCCUGCCAUUAAAUAUGUAUAUUUAUUUUGAUUUAUUCUCAAGAAGCACUUUAUUUCCUUUUCCUUUCAUAGAUCACAAAAAUGAAGCCAUCUUAUUAUAAGAGGUGCAGCCAUUCCAAGAAAGAAACCAUGGGGGGGGGGGUGUAUUUUCUGUUUUGUUUUUGUGUUUCUUUAAAGGAAAGAGGGAUCCACUGCAAAGUUGAAUUGACUGAAAUUUAGACUUGUGCAACUUUCUUCUGCCUGUCUAGAAAGUCCAAGCGCCCAGGUUGCCUGCUGUGUUUGUAUACAACAAA